AUGGCUCAUAGUGGCGUUGAUACAGCGCUGUGGUUGCGGCAAAGGGGUUCGCCACUGGCCGUCGAGGCGCGUGGCCGCUCAGGAAGUCGGCUCUUGCGGUUUGCGCGCGGAGCUCAGAUGCCGUCGCGUGCAGCUCAGCAGCUACACGCGAUGAUGGCCUUCCCCCGACUACCGCUGCGCUGCAUUACGCGUCGCCCGCAGCCACUUCCGUCGUCCCUCCGCGCACUCUGUGCGUCCUCAAGCACCACCAGCAGUCGCUCUGUUUAUGUGGCGGCAUCUCAGCGUCUCGCACUCGACGGCUGCAGCCGUUGCGGCUCGGGACUUCACGCGCCUUUCGGCGUGUCCUGCUUGAGCACCGCGUCGCCGCAUCCGGACGACGCUCGAAAGGCCCAAAGGGACACAGCGGAGCAGCAACUGCAACCAGAGACGCAGCUGGUGACAGAACAGGUGUACCAGGCGCCAAUGGCGCGAGCCGUCCGCCUCAUGAAGGCAGUGUCCGUCACGAGCUGCACACUCACGUCCAUUGGUAUGCCCGUGCUGUGCCUCGUGAGCGACCAGGACGCAUCCACGAUCGGCAAGUGGGCCAUGUGUGGGACUAUUAUGAUGUUUGGGCUGGGCACGACGUCGAUGUUUCACUACCUGUUCAAGCCGUACGUGAUGAAAAUGUGGCUUGCUAGGCCCGUGGCGGACACUGCAGCAGGCUCGACGAUGGACGGCGACGCUUCAGAUGAUCCAGUCGUAACGGUCGAGACCGUGACGCUGUUUGCUCAGCUGACGCAGCACUCGUUCCGACUGUCGGAAGUGUCUCCGCCGACCCAGGCGAUGCACCCCAUGGUGUCGUUCCAGGCCCGCGGUCGCCAUUACUUUAUCCACCCUGAGGCGUUCCAAGAUAGAGACUUGUUGACGAGGCUGGGGGUGGGUAAGCGUACGUAG